UGUGGCGACAAUUCUAUUACACUAAAAACAUCUGACAAGUGUGUGGAGUUUGCUUCGUGUUGUCAAAAUUCUAAAGCAAGUUCUCUGAACUUCAAAUUCUAAUUAUGAGAUUCUUUAAAUUUAGGGGACGUGUGGUGAAUGUUGAAUCCACCUUCAAAUUAACUCGGUUUGUUACACCAUCCUUCUGGUUUUGAUGUUUCUCGUCACCCACUUCUCCGGUUUUGAGAUUCAUAGUUGCCUAAUUUCUGGUGUAGCUUGUCUGAUUAGUUCUUUGUUUAUAAUAAGAGGACCAAUUUUUGAGAGAAUUGUUGUAGAUUUUCAGUUUUGAGAGAUGGAUCUUGAUGAAAACCUGACAAAUAAGGAUCAAAUGGUUGAUGAGAGGGCCUUUUUAUUGACUAGAAGCGGUGACGGUGAUGAAGACCACCACCAUGUGUUUGAUAAAAUUAAGGGAGCUUCCUUUACUGGGUCGGUGUUUAAUUUGUCGUGCACCAUUGCUGGUGCUGGGAUUAUGAGUUUGCCUUCAACCUUGAAGCUGUUAGGAGUUUUUCCUGGUGCUGCAUUGAUCAUAAUUGCUGCAUUUUUGACUGAGGCUUCCAUUGAAAUGUUGCUUCGGUUUAGUAAGCCUGGGAUGGCGUUUUCUUAUGGCGAUGUUAUGGGGGAUGCAUUCGGAACGUUUGGGAGAGUUUUGCUUCAGCUCAGUGUUGUUAUUAACAACAUUGGCGCAGUUAUCGUUUACUUGAUUAUAAUCGAAGAUGUGCUUUCUGGAUCUAGUUCAAGUGGGGUUCACCAUGCCGGCAUUUUAGAGGGAUGGCUUGGAGAACACUGGUGGACUGGACGGGCCUUCGUGCUUCUUGUACUCACUGCUGUUGUAUUUAUUCCAUUGUUAUGCUUUAAGCGUAUUGAUUCAUUGAGAUUUACAUCUGCUCUAUCAUUUGCUUUGGCGGUUGUCUUUAUUGCUGUCGUGAUUGGAAUUACAAUUUACAAAUUAAUAAAGGGAAGCAUAGAUGCGCCUAGAUGGGUUCCUAAUGUUACUGAUCUGUCAUCCUUCUUGAAUCUCUUCACUGCAGUCCCAGUGCUUGUUUGUGCGUAUCUCUGCCACUUCAAUGUUCAUACCAUUGAAAAUGAGCUUGGAGAAUCUCCCAGGAUGCGAGCAGUUGUGCGAACCUCACUUGCUCUAUGCGCAACAGUAUACAUAAUGACUGGCCUUUUUGGAUUCCUUCUGUUUGGUGACUCAACUCUUUCAGAUGUGCUUUCCAACUUCGACACUGACCUUGGCGUUCCAUACAGCUCCCUUUUGAGUGAUAUUGUUCGUAUCUGCUAUGUAAGCCACAUCAUACUAAUAUUCCCCAUCGUAUUCUACCCACUCCGGCUCAACUUGGAUGGCCUCCUUUUUCCCUCGGCAAGGCCUUUGGUCUUAGACAACUCAAGGUUUGCAUUGGUUAGCACAGGACUUGCUAGCAUAGUUCUAUCGGGAGCAACACUCAUACCCAGCAUCUGGAUAGCUUUCGAGUUCACUGGAGCGACUGUUGGAGUGCUGCUUCUGUUUAUCUUUCCUGCUUCCAUCACUCUCAAGGACCGUCAUGGUAUAGCAACGAGGAAGGAUAAGAUCUUAUCUGUCCUCAUGAUCAUUCUCUCAGUGUUUACAACAGUGGUAGCCAUAUACAGUGAUGUAAGCUCUUUGCUCCAUAGUUCACCCCAGUAGAUUGUUUUUCCUUCUUGUCUUACCCAUUACCAGGUGCAGAAGAGGGGUUUGGUCGGAUGGGCAAAAGAAGGCAGUAGGUUGCAAGAAUUGUUCUGCAACACUUUGUAAAGUCUGGAAAAUGACACAACUCUGGUUCAGUAUGAUUUACCCUUUCUUUCAUAAGGGGCAAAGUUGUAUUCUUAUCAGCCGACAUAAAUAUUUUUACUGUAAAUUCACGUUGGAUAUGUUAUAUAAUCGUACCUUCUUGUUUUAUUUUGUCUAUUUUUAUUUCCGCUAGAAAUAUUUCAAUACUACAUGCCUAUAUAUUCCAAAACUCAAGCGGGAUAUCUUUGAUUUUAGAUAUUUUAGAAUGGGUGUGAAUGUAAUUAUCGGGCAAGUUUUUUUGUAGCCGUAAGAGACAAUUAUACGUACUAAUAUUUGAGCCGAGCUUAAUUUGUUAACUUGACUAUUUUACAUAUAAACGAGCUAAGUUUUUGGACUCAUUUUUUUAAAUGAACCUAAAAAAAUUGUUCAAGCUCAACUUGUUUAGAAAAUAACCUAAGCUCAACUUAUUUAGAAAAUAAACUGAGCUCAAAUUGAGUUGAAUUCGAGCUAAACCCGAGUAACUCAAUUCAAUUAUUAGCCCCUAGUAAAACAGAAAAACGGUGUCGUCUUAUAUAUCUUGAGCUUUUCGAACCCACUGGCUUUAACCAUGGCUGCGACGGAGGAGGAGCUACAGGAGCGAGACAAUCUCGUAGAGUUGUUGAACAAUCACUUCACCAACGUCUCCACCAUGAUCAAAGGCGAGCUUCAGGUACUCU